AUGCCAAACACCGCCCCCCAGCCCACGCUAGAGUUCAACUACGACAUCUCCUGCCCCUUCGCCUACAUAGCCUCAACACGCGUCCAAUCCCUCGCCCAACGCACUUCCUCAACCCUAAUUUACAAACCCGUCCUCCUAGGCGCCAUCUACCGCGCAACAUCCGCGCCCCAAGGUGCCGGCGGCUCCGCAUCUGAUGUCUUCAACUCCGCCAAAAAGGCCGUCACAGCACAGGGUAUGCAGCGCACACUCCGCAGAUACAACAUCCGAUACAAUCCCCCACCCCAGCAUCCGCGCAAAACAGUCAAUGCAUUGCGUUUGUUGUACUGUGUGAAGGAUCAAGAGAAGAGGAGGCUGCUUACGGAUCGGUUAUUCCAGGCUUAUUGGGUAGACGGCCAAGAUGUGAAUUCUAACACGACGCUUUUGCAGAUUGCGAGGGAGUGUGGGGUUGAAGGAUUGGGGGAAGAGUGUUUUGCUGAUGUUGAAGCGAGGAAAGAGUUGGAAAAGAGCACCGAAGAAGCGAUUCAGAGAGGUGCUUUUGGUGUUCCGGGCUUCUGGAUCCCGGAUGCGGUUUGGACGGGGAUUAGUGGCGAAGAGAAGAAAGGGAGGUUCUUUUGGGGACAGGAUCGUAUGCAUUUUGUUGAGGCGACGUUAAAUGCUCUUUCCUCCUCAACUUCGGCUGGUAAAGGGUGGAGUGGUGUCUCUGGACUCAAGAGUUUGAUGCCUCGCUGCAACCCUAGGAACACUCCUCACGGUCGUGUCAAGUUGGAGUUUUGGUUCGAUUUCAGCAGUCCGUGGGCGUUUUUGGGGUACACGCAACUGGAAAGACUGAAGAGUAACUUUGGUCCGGGACUGGAGGUUGUCAUGAAACCGUUUUUGCUGGGCAUAUUGUUCAGGGAGAUCGGCGCGCCGAAUCUACCUGGGUCGGCAGUUAGUCCUGCGAAGGCGAAGUGGUCGAGACAGGAUCACGCGGAUUGGACGGAGUACUGGAAUGCUAUUAGCGCGCAGGAUGGUGGAAGACAAGUCAAGUUCCAUUGGGCGGAUACGUUCCCUAUUCGGACGCCGACUGUGUUGAGGGUGGCUAUUGUGGAGCCGAAGACCACAAAUCUAUUGUUCGAAGCAUGCUGGUCCCACAACCAGAACGUCUCGGACGAUUCUAUCCUCCGCAGUGUUCUUGACGAAGGCGGUUUCAACGGUGCUGAUCUCAUCGCUCGCGCGAACAAUCCCGAGAUAAAAGCCAAACUACGAGCUUUGACUGCGGAGGCUAAGGACUUGGGUCUUUGCGGCGUACCAACGUAUCGUGUGUUGAGGCAAACAGAUGCGGGCGAGUGGAAAGCAGUUGGCGGGUUGGUGUGGGGACAGGAUGAGAUCAAUGUUGUAGAGGACCUGAUCGCUGGGUGGAAUCCUGAGAGCUCGAGUGAGGUUGCUGAGGUGGCGAGGGGAGAGAAGGGGGCGAGUGCGAAGUUGUGA